AUGAUCAAACUGACCUUUUUCCUUUUUAACCUCGUGCUUGUGGCCACCAAUGCUGGGGCUGGUGCAGUCGAGGGCCACUCUCUUCGUUCUGGUGCUGGCGGACAACGCCAGCUCGGUACUCAGGAUGAUAUCAUCGACUAUACGCCCACAACGGUCGUCACUGAUGAUGCCGCUAUCGACUUGGAUCAAGCAUUGUUUGAGAGUGAGCUGGAUAAAAUCAACGAUGAAGGCUUUGAAAACGCCUUCCACGUCUACACGCUUGGUGCAUUUUCCCAGUCCUAUGCUACUCUGACGUUGAACAGAGGCUUGACUUUUGAUGUGCCUGAAGGAACAGAUAUUGAUGGGAACAACACUGACGGCAACUAUGUCCGAGGUAGGACCAUGAAGGCCGCCAAUGCCGGCGCAACUACGCUGAAAGUGAGGUAUCAUGUCUAUCCGGUGCAAAGGGCUUGGACUGCCUGUCAUGUUGGGGGCAACCCAAAUCCAAACUUCCAACGAUGUUAUGCUCCAACUGGCACGAUCGAGAUUGAUGGCAUGGGUCUGUAUGAAUACUCGUACAACCAAGCCGCUGCGAACAACAACACUCAAACCUUGCAGACGCUAAGUGCAGACCUAAAGAAAGACGACCCUGGUGUCACGGAAAAGAUCAGCAGCAGUGACACCUUUCAGAAGUUCUAUGACUACUACGGAGUGCCAGACUACGGAAACCAAGUGAUUUUGACGGCUUUCUUCAAAACAGCCACCCACGACUUCAAGAAUGGUGACUUCUACUUCUACAACUACAAGCUCGACGGAAGGGCAGAGGCCGCCAAGCGAGCUACGAUCUACCUGAAUGUUUGGAUGGCGGUGGUUCUUGAAAUGGAGCACGCCGUUCACAUGUGUGAAAAGAAUGACCCCACAAAGCCCAAAGAUCUCCAACUGUAUGCUUGGGACAAGGCUGUGGCCUUCUACACAGGUUCAGUUGCCAAGCAAGCCGACGGAGAGUUCUUCAAAGGGCACACUCUCUACACACUAGCAGAGGAGCAGUGCCUGUUCAGUGGUACCUGCACGGAUGCAGUGGAGAUCGUCAGUGGCCAGAAGGUGCAAAAGACACAUGCUGAUGUCAACCUCAAAAUUUUCAACUAUUUCAAUUCGGGGCAGCGAAGCUUGCUGGACGGAGACUGCGGCGCUGCCAAGGCGGAUGCCAUGUCCGUCAUUCAUCAGAUGCAAAUUCCUUUGAUUCAAGGUCUCAUCCGCUAUGCCUAUGCGAUGGAUCUUGGCUACCAAUCGAAUGACGCCAGUCAUGACUUCGAGGCAGCCGGAGCUGUGUUCUCAGCCGCAGUCCUCCCCUUGAUCCACCAUUGCGAUGCAACCGCAGCCCAGUCCAUUUACCAGAAUAUGAGAGUGGCCAAUGGCGUCGGAACAACCAGCUACGAUACUGUCAUGACUCUGCUGGAGAAGAAUCUUGACUGCUUGGGCGUCACAUGCGAUGAGCUCGGUGGCGUUAUGGAUAUUGCCAACAGCGACCGGAUCUACAUGCCUGGGGGCGAGCCAUGUCACCACCCGGAUGCCCCACCAGCAAACAAUGAUCCAGCUACCGUGGCCAACACCGCUGCCCCCACACCCAACAACAACGUAGCAGCCACCGUCUACACGAGCGAUCCUACCGGUGGUCCCAAUGUGAAACUGGCCGUGGGUGUGACUUUACUGCUCGUCGUGUUGGCCUUGGUUGUCGCAGUGGUUGCCAGCAGGGCCAGAAACCAAAAGGAGUUUGAUGGACCUGCACAUGAUAACGAGAAGGAAUAUGUCUAG